AAAGUGGGGGACUCUGUAUGCUAUGUAGAAAAUAAUUAGGUAAGAGAGGCAAUAAUAGAAAAAGCAAAGGGGUUUAGGGUUUUUCUCAAAAUCCAGAAGCACAAGUGCAUUUGAGAUACAGAGAAGAAAAAGGUGGAACAUGGAUUCAUUCUCCUCGCCUUCUGCUGGAUCUUUGCCAAAAUUCUCAACUGAGGAUUUGAUGGGUAAGCUUAAAGUACAGCUUGCCCAGGCUUACGCUGAGGAAUUCCUCGAGACCGUGCGAGGAAAGUGCUUUGAGAAAUGCAUCACCAAACCUGGCAGUAGCCUAAGUGGGAGUGAGAGCAGUUGUAUCUCCAGGUGCGUGGAUCGGUAUAUUGAAGCCACUGGUAUCAUUGGCAGAGCCCUCUUUAAUGCACAGCGCUGAAAGCAGCUAAUACCAGGGACUUGAAGAAUUUCAUGGUCUCAGGAAUUCCUGGAGAAUCAAGUACAAGUAGUAGGCUUGGAAUCAUGAUCCUUUUGAUAAUAUUUGAUUGAUGAUAUAUGAAUGACUAUGAACUUCAAGGUUGGCCACAUAAACAAUUUGCCUCGUAGGUUAAUUAAUUUUUGAUAGGUUUUAUGGAGUUAUUGAUACUUUUUCAUAAAUAUGUUUCUUGUACCUGCUUGUGAGAAUGGUUUCUCGGUUUGAUUACUCAGGGGCUUGACUCCCAUUCCCUCCCCCAUCCUAGGGUCUCUACUUGCACUGUCGGAUGGGUGGUGUUGUCUUAUUCUAUUUUCUCCGACCUUCUGAUUUGAAAAGGGAACGGCAUAGUGUUGUACAUUCAUUUAGCCGACAUUUUUUAUGAGUCCAUUGUAUAUUCACUAGGGCCCCUAUUGUUAGUUCCAUUUAGUGGUGUUUUUUCUACCCUCUCAA